AUGACUUGGGCUAUGAUCAUCCUUCUCCUACUUGGCCUGUGGGCAUUGUCCAAUGUCUACAGCCUUGUGAGAAACUACCUCGUGGCACGAAAGACGGGUCUCCCAAUCCUCGUCUGCCCCAUCAACAACUACAACCCACUUUGGAUGGCGAGCGGUAUACCUCUGAACCCGCUGUACAAAAGGAUCCUCCCCAGGCACCUCUACGAGCGGGUCAACUGCGCGUCGUACGGGUUCGAAUGGCGAGAAAAGAGCGGCAUCUUCCAAAAAUACGGCCCGGCCUUCGUCCUCGUCACCACCGGCGCCGUCGAGUUGAACACCGUCGACCCGGGCCUGGUGAGCGAGGUGCUCAGACGGCCCAAGGAUUUCCCAAACACCGACAUUGGAGACGUCAUCAUGGGCGUGUUUGGACCCAACCUCCUCACCACCAACGGCGAACGGUGGUCUCGACAACGCAAGCUCAUCGCGCCCAACAUCAAUGAGAAGAUCAGCAGUCUGGUGUUUGGCGAGUCUCGACGGCAGGCCCGCGAGAUGGUCGCUUCGUACGUGGACGAGGCACAGGGAGUGACGAAUGACACGGUGCGUGGGUUAAAAGCGCUCGCCAUCAAUGUCCUCGGCACGGCCGGGUUCGGGAUACGACGGCCCUGGAAGGAUGAUGCCACGUCACAACCCAAACGCCAAUGCCAACGCUUCACUUACAUGGAAGCCACCAAGAUCGUGGUUGAGAACAUCGUCGGCGCCGUUUUCCCCACCAGGUUGCUCACGCUGUCCAUCCUCCCCUCGUCCUGGCAGGACAUUGGACGGGCGAAGACGGAGUUCCCCCAACUUACCAAGGAAAUGCUCGAGAACGAACGUAAGGUGCAAGAGAGCGCCACCGAAGCCAGGACCAACCUGAUGAGCCUGCUCGUUCGACUCUCCGACGCCGACGGCGCCAAGUCGACGCAGUACCUGACCGAGGAUGAAAUGUUGGGUAACCUCUUCAUCUUCACCGCGGCAGGAUUCGACACGACGGCCAACACGAUGGCGUAUGCGCUGGCGCUUCUCGCCACGUACCCCAAGUACCAAGAUUGGCUGUACGAGGAGAUCAAGGCGGUGAUUGGCGACAAGCCCACCGAAAGUCUCGAGUACGCCGACACAUUCCCCCGGCUACCACGCUGUCUAGCGUUGAUGCUCGAGACAAUGCGCCUCUUCCCACCGUUGGUCCACAUCGCCAAACAGGUCAACAAAACACAAGACGUCGCCGUUGCCACGUCCCUCCGGUCGUACUUUUUGCCGCGAAGGGUCGUGAUUUACCUCAGUUCGGUGGCCCUGCACCGCAGCCUCCAAACCUACGGCGACGACGCGGACGCGUUCCGCCCGGAGCGCUGGAUCCUCGACCCCUCCGUCGAGCCGGGGUCGGCGAAGUCGACCAUCGCCGCCAACGUCAGGACGAUGCCCAAGGGCAGCUUCGUGCCGUGGUCCGCGGGUCCGCGGGUCUGCCCGGGCAUGAAGAUGGCCCAGGUCGAGUUCGUGGGCGUCUUCUUGACCGUGUGCGAGAGGUACACCUUCGCGCCUGUCCGGCUCCGCGACGACGAGACGGACGACCAGGUCAAGGCGAGGUUCGAGGCCGUCAUGGAAGACAGUUCGCCCAGGUUGACCCUGCAGAUGAACCGGUUCGAGGACCUCAAGAUCAAGUGGACCAGACGAUGA